AUGUCUGAGGAAAUGGAUUUAGGCUCCCGGGAAAAAUCCCCAGAUUUCGAAGAGUGGGAAGCAGAAAGGGGGGAAAUAGAGUUAGUGGAGGAAGAGAGAGAGAUGCAGUUUAGUCCGAAUGUCCUAGCAAUGGAAAACCCUGAUCCACCUGCAAACAGUCCGGAGAAAGAGGGUACUAGCGAUAGUGACGACCAAAAUUCCCAAAUGAAAAGCAUGAUGGCCAUGAUACAGCAGCUAAUAUCAAGAUCAGAUCAGGCUCAGGAAACACAAAAACGGGCUCAAGAAAAUACAAAUCAACUAGUUCAACGGCAAUUCGCAGAAAUAAAAUUGGGACAGGCAAAUUUGGCUGAGGAAUUGAAGGAGGGGCAGAGACUGUUAAAGAACGAAUUACAGAAGGGCAUAGAUCAGGCCAUAUUAAAGUGCAGUCAGGCCAACGAGGCCUUAAGACAAGAAAUAUCGGGGAAAUUGGAGGAGGAGGUCGAAAAGGUCAGAAAGGAAAUUGGUAGAGUCGGAAAGGAAGUUAAGCAGUGUGAAAAUACUUUAGAAAGAGAAUUAGUAGGAGUGAAGCAGGAAUUCGGAAAAGAAAGAGAGGACCGGAAUUCCAAAAUCCAACAACUGGCUGACUAUCAGGAAUCAGAAAUGGCAAAGGUAAAACAGAAAGUCAGAGAGAUUCGAGAAAGAGUAGAUAUCGGUAAUGCUGAAAUAAAUAGUACCAUCAUUGUGACAGAAGAAAAUGUGGGCACACUUCAAGAAAGGGUGAACAAGGUUGAAGAAAUAAAUCAUGAGUUGUUAAAAUCCAAUACAGGUGUCCAACAAAAAUUUGAUGAAAGCGCCGAUGCUUUUUCGAGGCGACUAGGGGAGGAGCGUAAGCAAAUUGAGCAAAGGGUAGAAAGUGACCAAUUGAAGGUACAACAUGAAUUGAAACAAUUGGAAAAAGAAAUAGUAAAUUUAAAACAAAAGGUGGAACAACAGUCCAAGGCCACGCCCCCGAGGGUGGAACACUCCGUAGGUAAGGGUGUAGAAAUUCCAGGUACUUCAUGA